AUGGCUGGCGACCCGGAACCAGUCCUGCGCCUCGCGGCGCGCCAGACCCUGCCCGCCCGCGUCUCACAGGCAAGGACAACAACAACAACACCAAUCCGUCCCCUGUCCGUCAGCCUCACAGCCACAAGAGCCCUCCACGCAUCCCCAAUUACCCAGUCCAAGCCCAGGAAUCCCGACCCACGACAUAACCCAGCGCAUGACAUCAAGCCCGGCGCAGACGAGCUCAUCGGGCGGAAACGCUUCGCGGAUUUCGAUGUGGCCGGGAAGGUGUUUGUCGUGACGGGCGGCGCGCAGGGGUUAGGGCUGGCGAUGGCGGAGGCGCUGGUCGAGGCCGGAGGGAAAGUCUACGCCCUCGACCGCUCACCCGAGCCAGCCGAGGAGGAGUGGUCCGAGGCCCAAUCGCGCGUGUCCCCGGACUGGGGCGGGUCGCUGCACUACCGGCAGCAGGACGUGACCGACACGCGGCACCUGAACGACCUGAUGGCGGCCAUCGCGGAGGAGAACGGCGGGCGGCUGGACGGCUGCGUGGCGGCGGCGGGCGUGCAGAACGUGAAACCCGCGCUGGAGUACACGCCGCAGGACGUCGCCCAGAUGCUCGAGAUCAACUACACGGGCGUGUUCGCCACGGCGCAGGCGGCCGCGCGCCAGAUGUUCCGCUACAAGACGCGGGGCAGCAUCUGCCUGAUCGCCAGCAUGUCCGGCCUGGUGGCCAACAAGGGCCUGCUGUGCGCGGCGUACAACUCGUCCAAGGCCGGGGUGAUCCAGCUGGCGAGGAACCUGGCGAUGGAGUGGAGUCCCGUGCGGGAGGACGGGGCCGGCGGGAUCAGGGUGAACUGUAUCAGCCCAGGGCACAUUCUGACGCCGAUGGUGCUGAAGAACUUUGAGGAGGUGCCCGGCUUGCGGGAGACGUGGGAGGGCGAGAACAUGAUGGGCCGGCUGGCCGAGACGCAUGAGUUUAAGGGCGCUGUGCUGUUCCUGCUGAGCAAGGCGAGCAGUUUCAUGACGGGGAGUAAUUUGGUGAUUGAUGGUGGGCAUACUGCGUGGUAG